GAUUUUCCGAAAAUUUUUCGUCUGGGUUUUUGUUUUUUUCUUUUGGAUUCGAGUGCGUCCGAAACGGAAGAAUCAAACUAAUUCUAUAUGAUGGCCGAUCACUUAGACGAACCGCCCCAAAAGCGGGUUAAAAUGGAUCCAACGGACAUCUCUUACUUUCUGGAGGAGAACCUGCCCGAUGAGCUGGUGUCCUCGAACAGUGGUUGGUCGGAUCAGCUGACCGGCGGAGCAGGCGGUGGCAAUGGAGGUGGCGGCGCCUCCGGUGUAACCACAAACCCCACAUCCGGCCCAAAUCCCGGUGGAGGACCCAACAAGCCGGCAGCCCAAGGACCCGGCUCUGGCACAGGCGGAGUCGGUGUUGGAGUCAAUGUGGGUGUCGGCGGUGUUGUUGGCGUCGGCGUUGUGCCUUCCCAGAUGAACGGAGCCGGCGGCGGCAACGGAUCCGGAACGGGUGGCGACGACGGCAGUGGCAACGGCUCAGGAGCGGGCAACAGAAUCAGUCAAAUGCAGCACCAGCAACUGCAGCACCUACUCCAGCAACAGCAGCAGGGCCAAAAGGGCGCCAUGGUGGUGCCCGGGAUGCAGCAGCUGGGCAGCAAGUCGCCCAACCUGCAGUCACCCAACCAGGGUGGCAUGCAGCAGGUGGUGGGCACUCAGAUGGGUAUGGUCAACUCAAUGCCCAUGUCAAUAUCGAAUAAUGGCAACAAUGGCAUGAACGCCAUACCAGGCAUGAACACCAUUGCGCAGGGCAAUCUGGGAAACAUGGUGCUGACCAACAGCGUUGGCGGCGGCAUGGGCGGCAUGGUUAAUCAUCUUAAGCAGCAGCCUGGCGGCGGCGGCGGUGGAAUGAUCAAUGCCGUUUCAGUACCCGGAGGUCCUGGAGCAGGAGCUGGAGGCGUUGGAGCUGGCGGCGGAGGAGCCGUUACCGCAAACCAAGGCAUGCAUAUGCAGAACGGCCCAAUGAUGGGACGCAUGGUGGGGCAACAGCAUAUGCUUCGUGGCCCGCAUCUCAUGGGUGCCUCUGGAGGAGCUGGUGGGCCAGGAAACGGGCCUGGUGGCGGAGGACCACGCAUGCAGAAUCCGAACAUGCAAAUGAAUUUCCGUCCGUUUGCAGCUCAACUCAACAGUCUGCCCUACGGAGUGGGUCAGUAUGGUGGUCCAGGCGGUGGCAACAAUCCUCAGCAACAGCAGCAGCAACAGCAGCAACAACUUCUCGCCCAGCAGAUGGCCCAAAGAGGCGGCGUCGUACCGGGCAUGCCGCAGGGUAAUCGGCCCGUUGGCACAGUGGUGCCCAUGUCCACACUCGGCGGCGAUGGAUCAGGGCCCACGGGGCAGCUGGUAAGCGGGAAUCCUCAGCAGCAACAGAUGCUGGCGCAGCAGCAAACCGGAGCCAUGGGCCCGCGUCCUCCGCAACCAAACCAGUUGCUCGGUCAUCCCGGCCAGCAGCAGCAGCAACAGCAGCCUGGCACCUCGCAGCAGCAGCAACAGCAGCAGGGAGUCGGAAUCGGAGGAGCAGGCGUUGUGGCCAAUGCAGGAACCGUUGCUGGCGUGCCGGCAGUGGCAGGCGGCGGAGCCGGUGGCGCCGUGCAAUCUAGCGGCCCUGGUGGCGCCAAUCGCGAUGUGCCCGACGACCGUAAGCGACAGAUCCAGCAGCAACUGAUGCUGCUCCUCCAUGCACACAAAUGCAAUCGCAGGGAGAACCUGAAUCCGAACAGGGAAGUGUGCAACGUCAACUACUGCAAGGCGAUGAAAUCCGUGCUGGCCCACAUGGGCACUUGCAAACAGAGCAAGGACUGCACCAUGCAGCAUUGUGCCUCCUCGCGCCAAAUCCUAUUGCAUUACAAAACGUGCACAAACAGUGGCUGCGUCAUUUGCUAUCCCUUCCGGCAGAAUCAUUCGGUUUUUCAAAAUGCGAAUGUGCCGCCAGGAGGCGGACCGGCAGGAAUUGGAGGUGCGCCUCCAGGUGCCGGCGGAGCGGGUGGUGGAGCGGCUGGAGCAGGCGGUAAUCUUCAGCAGCAACAGCAGCAGCAGCAACAACAACAGCAGCAGCAGAACCAGCAGCCCAAUCUGACGGGUCUGGUGGUGGAUGGCAAGCAGGGACAGCAGGUUGCACCGGGAGGUGGCCAAAAUACUGCCAUAGUUCUUCCCCAGCAGCAGGGAGCGGGCGGUGCACCGGGUGCGCCGAAAACGCCUGCGGAUAUGGUGCAACAAUUGACCCAACAGCAGCAGCAACAGCAGGUGCACCAGCAGCAGGUUCAGCAGCAAGAACUCCGUCGAUUCGAUGGCAUGGGCCAAGUUGGACUAUCGCCGGUGCCAGCAGGUGGUAUGCAACAGCAGCAGCAGCAGGGUUUGGCUCCUGUGAUUCGCAUUCAAGGCGCUCAGCCGGCCGUCAGGGUCCUGGGACCAGGUGGUCCCGGCGGCCCAAGUGGACCAAAUGUUCUGCCGAACGAUGUUAACAGCCUGCAUCAACAACAGCAACAAAUGCUGCAACAGCAGCAGCAACAAGGCCAGAAUCGACGACGCGGUGGCCUUGCCACCAUGGUGGAGCAACAACAGCAGCAUCAACAACAACAGCAGCAACCCAAUCCCGCCCAGCUGGGUGGCAACAUUCCAGCACCACUCUCUGUCAACGUCGGUGGCUUUGGCAAUACCAAUUUCGGUGGUGCAGCAGCCGGCGGAGCCGUGGGAGCCAACGAUAAGCAGCAACUGAAGGUGGCCCAAGUGCAUCCGCAGAGCCAUGGCGUAGGAGCGGGCGGAGCAUCAGCGGGCGCCGGAGCGAGUGGUGGUCAAGUGGCAGCCGGUUCCAGUGUCCUGAUGCCAGCCGAUACCACGGGCAGUGGUAAUGCGGUCAAUCCCAGCCAGAAUGCCGGCGGUGGAGCUGGAGGUGCCGGCGGUGGCAAUGGCGGAAACUCUGGACCUCCGGGCGACAAUGAGAAAGACUGGCGGGAAUCGGUGACCGCCGAUCUGCGCAACCACCUCGUCCACAAACUGGUGCAGGCCAUCUUCCCCACCUCGGAUCCCACGACCAUGCAGGACAAACGGAUGCAUAAUCUCGUUUCAUACGCGGAAAAGGUCGAGAAGGACAUGUACGAAAUGGCCAAGUCCAGAUCGGAGUACUAUCACCUGCUGGCCGAGAAGAUCUACAAGAUUCAAAAGGAGCUGGAGGAGAAGCGUCUGAAGCGUAAGGAACAGCACCAGCAGAUGAUGCUGCAGCAGCAGGGCGUUGCGAAUCCAGUGGCUGGAGGAGCGGCUGGCGGAGCAGGCAGUGCAGCUGGCGUAGCGGGCGGUGUUGUCUUGCCCCAGCAGCAACAGCAGCAGCAACAACAGCAGCAGCAGGGUCAGCAGCCUCUGCAGAGCUGUAUCCAUCCCAGCAUCAGUCCAAUGGGCGGUGUGAUGCCGCCGCAGCAGCUGCGUCCACAAGGACCACCUGGGAUAUUGGGCCAGCAGACGGCAGCAGGCCUGGGCGUCGGCGUGGGAGUGACCAACAACAUGGUUACCAUGCGCAGUCAUUCGCCCGGUGGCAACAUGCUCGCCCUGCAGCAACAACAGCGCAUGCAGUUCCCGCAACAACAGCAGCAACAACCACCCGGGUCUGGAGCCGGCAAAAUACUGGUCGGUCCACCAGGACCCAGUCCCGGUGGCAUGGUGGUCAAUCCCGCGCUCUCGCCUUACCAGACGACCAAUGUGCUCACCAGUCCGGUGCCAGGACAGCAGCAACAGCAGCAGUUCAUUAAUGCGAACGGCGGCACUGGCGCCAAUCCUCAGCUGAGCGAGAUCAUGAAGCAACGACAUAUUCACCAGCAGCAGCAGCAACAACAGCAACAGCAGCAGCAGCAAGGAAUGUUGUUGCCGCAGUCGCCAUUUAGCAAUGCCACACCUCUACAACAACAGCAGCAGCAGCAGGCGACUAGCAACAGCUUUAGCUCACCAAUGCAGCAGCAACAGCAGCAGCAAGGUCAGCAACAGCAACAACAGAAGCCUGGCAGUGUGCUGAAUAAUAUGCCGCCCACGCCCACGAGUCUGGAAGCCCUGAAUGCGGGGGCUGGAGCGCCGGGAGCUGGAGGAUCCGCCUCCAAUGUGACGGUUUCAGCUCCGAGCCCAUCACCUGGCUUCCUGUCCAACGGCCCGUCGAUUGGCACGCCCUCCAACAAUAAUAAUAGUAGUAGUGCUAACAACAACCCGCCCUCGGUGAGCAGCCUAAUGCAACAGCCGCUGAGCAAUCGGCCGGGUACGCCUCCUUACAUACCCGCCUCCCCAGUGCCGGCGACAAGUGCGUCCGGAUUAGCGGCUAGCAGUACGCCCGCAUCAGCAGCAGCCACCUGUGCGAGUAGUGGCAGUGGCAGCAAUAGCAGCAGUGGAGCAACUGCAGCGGGUGCAAGUUCCACGUCAUCAUCUUCCUCGGCGGGCUCGGGUACACCACUCAGCUCGGUAUCGACUCCUACAUCGGCCACGAUGGCCACCAGCAGCGGUGGUGGUGGCAAUGCAGGAGGCGGAUCAUCCACUACGCCCGCUAGCAAUCCACUGCUCCUCAUGUCUGGAGGAACGGCAGGAGGCGGAACGGGAGCGACGACCACCACAUCGACAUCCUCGAGCAGUCGCAUGAUGAGCAGCUCCAGCAGUCUCUCCUCUCAGAUGGCUGCCCUGGAGGCUGCGGCGCGAGACAACGAUGAUGAGACGCCCUCGCCAUCCGGCGAGAAUACAAACGGCAGUGGUGGCAGUGGAAAUGCCGGCGGUAUGGCCUCUAAGGGCAAACUGGACUCCAUUAAGCAAGAUGACGAUAUCAAGAAGGAGUUUAUGGAUGACAGCUGUGGCGGAAAUAACGAUAGCUCGCAGAUGGAUUGCUCGACGGGUGGUGGCAAGGGCAAGAAUGUGAACAACGACGGAACCAGCAUGAUCAAAAUGGAGAUCAAGACGGAGGAGGGACUCGAUGGCGAGGUGAAGAUCAAAACGGAAGCCAUGGAUGUGGACGAGGCUGGAGGAUCGACAGCCGGAGAGCAUCAUGGCGAAGGUGGCGGCGGCAGUGGUGUUGGCGGCGGCAAGGACAACAUCAAUGGUGCGCACGAUAGCGGAGCGACAGGCGGUGCUGUGGACAUAAAACCCAAGACGGAUACGAAACCACUCGUACCGGAGCCACUGGCACCGAAUGCGGGUGACAAGAAAAAGAAGUGCCAAUUCAAUCCCGAGGAACUGCGCACCGCUCUCCUGCCUACGCUAGAGAAGCUCUACAGGCAGGAGCCCGAAUCCGUGCCCUUUCGCUACCCAGUUGAUCCCCAGGCGCUGGGCAUUCCCGAUUACUUUGAGAUCGUUAAGAAGCCCAUGGACCUGGGCACCAUACGCACCAACAUCCAGAAUGGAAAGUACAGUGAUCCCUGGGAGUAUGUGGACGACGUUUGGCUGAUGUUCGACAAUGCCUGGCUGUAUAAUCGCAAAACAUCGCGGGUCUAUCGCUAUUGCACAAAGCUUUCCGAAGUCUUUGAGGCGGAGAUUGAUCCUGUGAUGCAGGCACUGGGAUAUUGCUGCGGCAGGAAGUACACAUUUAAUCCACAGGUGCUCUGCUGCUACGGCAAGCAGCUCUGCACGAUUCCGCGGGAUGCCAAGUACUACAGCUACCAGAACAGUCUAAAGGAAUACGGUGUCGCCUCAAAUAGAUACACCUACUGCCAAAAGUGCUUUAACGACAUCCAGGGCGAUACGGUCACACUGGGCGACGAUCCACUGCAAUCGCAAACCCAAAUCAAAAAGGAUCAGUUCAAGGAGAUGAAGAACGAUCAUCUCGAACUGGAGCCGUUUGUCGAUUGCCAGGAGUGCGGACGCAAACAGCACCAGAUCUGCGUGCUCUGGCUGGAUUCAAUUUGGCCCGGUGGCUUCGUGUGCGAUAACUGCCUGAAAAAGAAGAACUCAAAGCGGAAGGAGAACAAGUUCAAUGCGAAACGCCUGCCCACCACCAAGCUGGGCGUGUACAUAGAGACGCGGGUGAAUAAUUUCCUCAAGAAGAAGGAGGCUGGUGCCGGCGAGGUGCACAUUCGUGUGGUCAGCUCAUCGGACAAGUGUGUAGAGGUGAAGCCCGGCAUGCGUCGACGAUUCGUCGAGCAGGGCGAGAUGAUGAACGAGUUCCCAUAUCGCGCCAAAGCCCUCUUUGCCUUCGAGGAGGUGGACGGCAUCGAUGUGUGCUUCUUUGGCAUGCACGUUCAGGAGUAUGGAUCCGAGUGCCCGGCGCCGAAUACGCGGCGUGUUUACAUUGCCUAUUUGGAUUCCGUUCAUUUCUUCCGGCCAAGACAGUACCGUACAGCGGUAUAUCACGAAAUUCUGCUCGGCUACAUGGACUACGUGAAACAGCUGGGCUACACAAUGGCCCAUAUCUGGGCCUGUCCGCCAUCCGAGGGGGAUGACUACAUCUUCCACUGCCAUCCCACGGACCAGAAGAUACCCAAGCCCAAGCGCCUGCAGGAGUGGUACAAAAAGAUGCUUGACAAGGGCAUGAUCGAGCGCAUCAUACAGGACUACAAGGAUAUCCUGAAGCAGGCGAUGGAGGACAAACUGGGCUCUGCCGCAGAGCUGCCCUACUUUGAGGGCGACUUCUGGCCCAAUGUGCUGGAGGAGAGCAUCAAGGAACUGGACCAGGAGGAGGAGGAGAAGCGCAAGCAGGCCGAGGCCGCGGAAGCAGCAGCUGCGGCAAAUCUUUUCUCAAUCGAGGAGAACGAAGUCAGCGGCGAUGGCAAAAAGAAGGGCCAGAAGAAGGCCAAAAAGUCGAACAAAUCGAAAGCGGCGCAGCGUAAGAACAGCAAAAAGUCCAACGAACAUCAGUCGGGCAACGAUCUCUCCGCCAAGAUAUAUGCGACCAUGGAGAAGCACAAGGAGGUCUUCUUCGUCAUCCGUCUGCAUUCGGCGCAGUCGGCAGCUAGUUUAGCGCCCAUCCAGGAUCCCGAUCCGCUGCUCACAUGCGAUCUGAUGGAUGGACGCGAUGCCUUCCUCACCCUCGCCCGCGACAAGCACUUUGAGUUCUCGUCGCUGCGGCGCGCACAGUUCUCCACUCUGUCCAUGUUGUAUGAGCUGCAUAACCAGGGUCAGGACAAGUUCGUUUACACCUGCAACCACUGCAAGACGGCCGUGGAGACGCGCUACCACUGUACUGUUUGUGAUGACUUCGAUCUGUGUAUCGUGUGCAAGGAGAAGGUUGGCCAUCAGCACAAGAUGGAGAAGCUCGGCUUCGACAUCGACGACGGCUCUGCGCUGGCGGAUCACAAGCAGGCUAAUCCGCAGGAGGCCCGCAAGCAAUCCGUCCAGCGUUGCAUCCAAUCGCUGGUGCACGCCUGCCAGUGUCGCGAUGCCAACUGCCGCCUGCCAUCGUGCCAGAAGAUGAAGCGCGUCGUCCAGCACACGAAGAACUGCAAACGCAAGCCCAACGGAGGAUGCCCCAUCUGCAAGCAGCUUAUCGCACUCUGUUGCUACCACGCCAAGAACUGUGAGGAGCCGAAGUGCCCCGUGCCGUUCUGUCCCAACAUCAAGCACAAGCUCAAGCAGCAGCAGUCCCAGCAGAAAUUCCAGCAGCAGCAGUUGCUGCGUCGCCGUGUGGCGCUCAUGUCGCGUACAUCUACAGCUCCAGCGGCUCUGCAAGGCCCAGCUGCAGUAAGCGGUCCGACCGUCGUCUCUGGAGGAGUGCCCGUGGUGGGCAUGUCCGGUGUGACAGUUAGCCAACCGGUUAUCCCCGGCCAGGCGGGUAUACUACCUCCAGGGGCGGGUGGCAUGUCGCCAUCUACAGUGGCAGUUCCAUCGCCUGUUUCAGGAGGAGCGGGAGUCGGUGGAAUGGGUGGAAUGACAUCACCACAUCCGCAUCAACCAGGCAUAGGUAUGAAACCAGGUGGCGGUCACUCGCCGUCGCCAAAUGUCCUACAAGUGGUGAAGCAGGUCCAGGAAGAGGCAGCUCGUCAGCAGGUUUCGCAUGGCGGUGGCUUCGGCAAGGGCGUACCCAUGGCGCCGCCCGUAAUGAAUCGUCCAAUGGGCGGCGCAGGACCCAACCAAAAUGUUAAUCAACUUGGUGGCAUGGGCGUUGGAGUUGGAGGUGUCGGUGGUGUUGGCGUCGGAGGCGUUGGUGGAGUGGGUGUUAAUCAACUGAAUUCGGGUGGUGGCAAUACACCGGGUGCCCCCAUUUCCGGUCCCGGAAUGAAUGUGAAUCAUCUGAUGUCCAUGGAUCAGUGGGGCGGUGGCGGAGCCGGCGGCGGAGGUGCCAAUCCCGGCGGAGGCAACCCACAAGCCCGCUAUGCCAACAAUACCGGCGGCAUGCGCCAGCCCACACAGGUGAUGCAAACGAAUCUGAUACCGCCGCAGCAACAGCAACAGAUGAUGGGCGGACUGGGCGGACCCAACCAACUGGGAGGUGGUCAAAUGCCAGUCGGCGGACAGCACGGAGGAAUGGGAAUGGGCAUGGGAGCCCCGCCAAUGGCCGGAACUGUUGGCGGGGUGCGUCCAUCUCCCGGAGCAGGAGGUGGAGGUGGAAGUGCAACUGGGGGCGGUCUAAAUACCCAACAACUCGCCCAGAUUAUGCAGAAGAUUAAGAACAAUCCCACCAACGAGAGCAACCAGCACAUCCUUGCCAUACUGAAACAGAAUCCGCAGAUCAUGGCGGCGAUCAUCAAGCAGCGCCAGCAGUCGCAGAUCAAUGCGGGCGGAGGAGCUCCUGGCCCCGGUGGAGCCUUACAGCAGCAGCAGGCUGGUAACGGACCGCAAAAUCCUCAACAGCAGCAGCAGCAGCAACAACAGCAGCAGCAGCAACAGGUGAUGCAGCAACAGCAGAUGCAGCACAUGAUGAACCAGCAGCAGGGCGCCGGCGGUCCCCAGCAGAUGAAUCCCAACCAGCAGCAGCAACAGCAGCAGGUUAAUCUCAUGCAGCAACAGCAACAAGGUGGACCCGGAGGACCAGGUUCUGGACUUCCCACGCGCAUGCCCAACAUGCCCAAUGCCUUGGGCAUGCUGCAAAGUCUUCCGCCCAACAUGUCGCCAGGCGUUUCCACUCAGGGAGGAAUGGUGCCCAACCAAAACUGGAACAAGAUGCGUUACAUGCAAAUGAGCCAGUACCCGCCACCGUAUCCGCAGCGCCAGCGUGGUCCGCACAUGGGCGGAGCGGGACCUGGCCCCGGCCAGCAACAGUUCCCCGGUGGCGGAGGUGGAGCGGGCAACUUCAAUGCAGGUGGUGCUGGUGGUGCAGGCGGCGUUGUCGGUGUGGGCGGAGUGCCCGGAGGAGCCGGCACGGUGCCCGGCGGCGAUCAGUACUCGAUGGCGAAUGCGGCCGCUGCCUCCAAUAUGCUGCAACAGCAGCAGGGCCAGGUGGGCGUCGGAGUGGGUGUGGGCGUGAAACCAGGACCCGGCCAACAGCAACAGCAGAUGGGCGUUGGCAUGCCGCCGGGUAUGCAGCAGCAACAGCAGCAACAGCAACCGCUGCAGCAGCAGAUGAUGCAGGUGGCGAUGCCAAAUGCGAAUGCCCAGAAUCCGUCGGCGGUGGUGGGCGGACCCAAUGCUCAGGUGAUGGGUCCGCCGACGCCGCACUCUCUGCAGCAGCAGCUGAUGCAAUCGGCCCGCUCAUCGCCGCCCAUUCGCUCCCCGCAGCCAACGCCAUCGCCACGUUCGGCUCCAUCGCCACGUGCUGCUCCCUCCGCCUCGCCUAGGGCACAGCCCUCGCCGCAUCAUGUGAUGAGCAGUCACUCGCCGGCGCCGCAGGGACCACCGCAUGACGGCAUGCACAAUCAUGGCAUGCAUCAUCAGUCGCCACUGCCAGGAGUGCCGCAGGAUGUUGGCGUCGGAGUCGGUGUCGGUGUCGGUGUUGGCGUUAACGUUAACGUCGGCAACGUGGGUGUCGGCAAUGCCGGAGGAGCCCUGCCCGACGCCUCCGACCAGCUGACCAAGUUUGUGGAGCGACUCUAGUGCAGCAACAACAGCAGCAGCACCAGCUACAAUGGUUGGUAGCCGCCGUGGCUAGAGGGCUAGGGCUAGACUGAAUGAAUGAAUGAGUGUCCAGUAGCCGCAGACAGGAUGACGACGAAGACCAACCGGCAGGGAUAACCAGUGUGUGUUAAACGAAUUAACAACUAUUAAUAACAUAUAUCUUUUUUUUUUUUGAAAACCACGGCACCACAAAUAAUUGUAUAUUAUUAUAAUUAAAACAACAACUAUCGCGCCUAAUGUGUACUGUAGAUUAAGAUGACCCACCAUUACAAUUUGGACAGAGCAUUAUGAUUCGAUUUCCAUUUUAUGUCCGCGAUUUAGCAAAUAUAUAAUAUCAUAUAUUUCAUAUGUCCCUAAAACACACACACACCAUGUAUUAAUGAAUGCGAUUCCUUCGAUUCCACUAAGCAGAUAUAGGAAAAAAAGCAUAGGGAUCGGGAUUAGGAGAAGGAGCUACAGAUAGACAUCUCGAUGUGACGACGUUUAAAACGUUGAGCGAAAGCUAAAAACCUUUCCUUAGUGACUUACAUCGGAAUGUUUAGUUAAGUAACAUUAUUUAUUUCGUGACUCCGCCACUAGAAAGCAAACGCAACUCGCAAAUCUGUUGAAAGUCUGUCAUGAUUGUGAGACAGACCAGACCAGAUAUAGCAUGUUGUAAAGUUGAAUUAAGUUUUUUGUACCCUUGUAGUGUUGUAAGCCAGUUGACCGAUGGCGACAACAACAAACACAACAACGACGCGACCCAAAUCUCCCGACCAUUCGCAUCUGCAUCCGCAUCCGCACAAGAAAUAUAUAGCCUAUAGUGAACAUGUGCCUGUUGGCGAUCGGAAGUUGAUUAAGUGCUCCUUAUAGGAGCUUCAAAUUGGGAACACGCAUAGAGUAAAUACAUAUUUUUAUACACAGAUCGAACAGCAGAAUAAGAAUCUGAAUCUAAAUCUAAAUCUGAAUCGGAAUCGGAAUCGAAAUCGAACUCGAAAUUGAAAUUGAUAACGGGAAUUCUCAUACUUAUGCCUAACCUCAUCUGAGCCCAAAAUCGAAAUCCAAAUCCAAAAAUCACUUCCAAUUGACAGACAACAAUAAGUAUAAAUGAUGGGGCGAGGAGUUCGAUGACGAGAACGAGAAUGACAAGGAGAAGGAGAACGCAAUUAGGAGAAUCAAGAAUCAGGAUACGAUAGUAGCAAACAAAACACCAAACAGAUGAGCAGAGGAGUAGGAUGGACGGGUUAGCGAUACGAAAGAGGAGUAUGAUGAUUAACAAGUGCAACAAAAUAGCAAUAGCCAAAAUGCUUUGAAAACAGUUUUAGGGUACUUGAACUAAUUAAGGAACUAACAUUUACAACAUAUAUGCAUACGUAGGACAACAAAUUAGUGUUGUAAUUUCUAACAAAUUGUUCACGAUUGAUUGUUUAUAUUGUUUAAGGACGAUUUUAGCCUAAGGACCCCGCCCCCUGUUUGUGUGUGUGUGAGUGCGUGCGUGCGUGCGAGUGUGUCUGUGCGCGUUCCUAAUUCUUCGAUUAUUACAUUCAUUUAAUUUUCGAUCUAUGUGUACAUAACUUGACGUUUUACUUAGUAUUUGAUUUUGUGAUAGCGAAAAGUAAAGGAUAUAGGGGAGCGCCAGGAACCCCAUUUGUCUCAAAAGCAGGAAGCAGCAGGAUAUUUAACGGGGUACGCAGGAUUGAUUGCUAUUUAUUAACGCUAAAAUAAAACAAAUACCAUCUAGGCUAUAGACUUUUAGGCUUAAACGAGAUUUAGGUUUAUCACUAUUUAUUAGACGUAGCCUGUAGUUUUUAACUGGGUUUAUUUUAUUAAUCGGAUAUAUCAUUUUUGUUUUGUGUCGUACAUCUAAGAUGGUAUGUGGAAGCUAUUGUUUUCGUUUUCAAACUGUUUUCAUUCUACCAGUUGCCGCCGCCCAAGAAACAGAAAGAGACAGGAGACAGCAAGAGAGCGAGACAGUAGAUGAGCAGGAGAGGAUUUUGUAAAUUUUAGAUACUAGGAUACUUAUUCACUGCGCAUAAAAAUGCCUUCAAUUGCGACAUCAGCAAGUAACUAACAUAACUGUAAAUACCCAACACACACAAACAUACGAAUACAAGUAAACACAAUAUAAAUAUAUAUAUAUAUAUAUAUAUAUAUAUAUAUAUAUAUACAUAUUAAUAAUAGUAUAUAUAUAUUUACCGAUUACUUACUGAUAGGUGUAGUAGGUCACUCGUACGCGAAAGUUGGUAAAAUCCAAUGCCUAGUUCGUAAGCCGAGCAUAUUCAUAUAUCGUAACAAUCGGUUAUAUCGUUUAUAUAAGGAUCGAUCUACACCGCGACACACACACACACAUAUGGCAAAUAAAUACAUAUAUAUAUAUCGGGAUAUAUACUUUUAGUUAGUGUUUUUAAACGAAACGCGCAGAGUUUCCUUAGCUAAGCGAAAGACAAAAACAAAAAAAUGGGAAAACCAACUAAAAAAGCUGCGCCUGCCAACGAUAAAACCGAUAACAAAAAAUAUAAGGACGAGAAGGAUGCGAAACCCACGCUGCGCUGCACACAAUCAAAAAACAAAAAAAAACAUUAAACAGACACCAAAAAACAAAAACUUAAAAUAAAGCAACUUUAAAUAUAUAUUAUUAUAUAGAAACGAAAACAUACUCAAGUCACUGGGCUCUGCCGCCGAAUGCCUUUGUACUUUUAACGUAUGGAACAAUGAUCGGUAAUUGAUUAUCGACAAUCGUUGAUCGGUAAUUUUGCGAUAACAAGACGCUGCCUUCAAAACGCAGUCGCCGCGUGCUGGUGCAAAAUUUAUAAAUCACAAAAAAUAACGGAAAAUAUGUUAUCGGCUUAGCGGGCGCAGCGUUUAAUUAUUUAUUAAGCCCACGAUAGUAACCAAAAAUAAGAAGGAUCAUGAUAGAGCGAGGGAGAGAAAGAGCUGCUUGCCGUCUCUUUUCUGCAAAUUGUUUUUGUUUUUUUUAAGCCCCACACAGUCAACAGCAAUGAACAAAGUUAUGUGUGUGAAAGAGAGCGAGAGAGAGAGUGAGUGUGCGAGUGCGAGUGGCAAAGACACAUCAAUUAUCGUUUUUUAACCGUUUUGUGUGUGAGAGCGAAGGAAACAGCGAACGAAAGAGAGAGCAUAUUCCAAAACUAUUUGUGAUUACAAUUAUAUAUGAAGAUGAUGAUGAAGAGGAAGAAAGCGGAAGUAAAAACGCCGAAAGCCAGAAAACUUAGAAGCAACACAAAACGCAUUAACCGGAUGAUACCUAGACUUUAAGCCUUAGUCUAAAACCCGCGCUAUAUACACAUUUAUAUACAUAUAUAGGUACGAUCGAUCACACGAGAGCGGGAAAUAUAUAUAUACAUAUAUAUAUAUAUAUAUAUAUAUAUAACAUAGUUAAGCCAACACUUGUAAAUUAUAAAUGAACAUUUAUUCUUAAUGCAAAGGAAAUGCAAAAAAGAAACAAAAACCACAAGAUAAAAACAUUAACCGAAGACGAAGCACUUUGCUAAACGCGUUUAUUAUUAUGCAUACAAAAUGUUAUUUCUUAUAACAAAAACACAGAAAACCCACAAAAAAAGAACUCGAGAGGGGAAAUAAGAAAAUGAAUAACAAAUACGAAAACGAAAAGAAAAACAAAAACACAAAGGAUGCGAAGGAUAGAUAAGUCAAGUGUAAAGUAAACCAAGCCUUAGUAAAAACUAGUUCUAACACAACAACCACAACAAAAACAAAAAAUCAAGAGAAAAGAAAUGAAAUGGUAAAACAAAA